GAGUGAUUCUGGGCCAGGAGCGGCCCCUCAGAGAGCCACCUCACCAAGAGAGGARGAGGAGGUGGGGAAAAAAGACACUGCGGCGUAUUUAUAGAAAAAUGAGGCCUCACAAUAGCCUUUUUUGGAGACCGAAUUAUUAAGGAACCGAGGUGCCUGGGUGCACGUGUCCCAGUUUUCUGAUUAACAGUGUGCAAGCUGGCUCGCCUCAGGAUGAAUCAGGGCUGAGGCGCAGAGCUAACUCUGACACACUCGCUUCUCUGUGCAGACUCACGCCUUUUUUUUUUUCACCAGGAAGCUGCUGGGGUUUUAGGAUGGAGGAAUGGGGCAAUAAUUUUAGACUCUCAAGUCCUCUUUCUGACUUUAAGCUUGUGGGAUUUGUUUUGUGAGUUUUUCUUUCUUCUUCUUCUUCUUCUUCUUUUUUUUUUGCGUGGACAAAGUGGUUAAUAGGCUGCCUAAUGACAAACAAGAUGAAGAAGUUUUUGCAGAACAAAAAGGGCAGGUACUCUUUUCGGCAGAACAAACGGGGCCCUCGGUGUCCAUCUAAAGAUUUCUUUCUCAACAUGCCAACGUCCAACCAGGGCUGGCCAGAGGAUUUUGGCUUCCAGUUGGGUGGGAAUGGACCCAGUUACAUUUUGACAGUGGAGGAAGGCAGCAGUGCUCAUUUGGCAGGGCUACAGGCGGGGGAUCAGGUCCUGGAGAUUGAGGGCCACAACGUGUCAACACUGGCUCCACAAGCYGUCAUCGCCAUCGCUCAGACUCAGAAGAACAUCCCUCCCAGCAUUGGAGUGGUGUCCCGCAUACACCAGAUGGACAUCAUCCCAGGUCCAGAUGGUCGUUUUGGAUUUACUAUUGUGGGAGACUGCCCCCUCCUGGUGGAAGACUGCUCUCCGUGCUCCCCAGCCGGACGCGCAGGCCUGAGGGCCGGGGACUACGUCAUGGAGGUGAACGGCAUCCCUGUGAGGCACCAUGAGAUGGCCGCGUCACUGAUCAAGACCUCCCAGGGGAGGACGCUCCGUCUGGGGGUGCUGUGCCUGGGUCAAAGGCAGAAACGAAGCGUCAGCGUGGAGUACAGUCAGAUGGGAGAAGACGGGGCGAGGCUGGAUCGGAAGCACAAGGCCCUGGAGUUCAACAGGAAGGUGGACCAGAUCUUAGGCGAGGAGCCAGACGUGAAGGAGAAACUCUUCGCCGUGCUGAAGCAGUACGCAGCAGAGAAGAGGGUGGAGUGGCUGGCCGCCGUGCUGCCAGAGAUACUCACCACUGAUGAGCAUCGACAGCUCAUCGCCAGCAUCAGGUAUGAGUCAGAGGCUCUCACCCACAACACGGCCCCCGACACAGUGGUGUGGGGGGAUAACAGUGUGGGCACCAAACAACAAAACAGAGGACCACAGAGGACUUGAGCUGAGAGGGAUAUUGUUGUGAAAAACACUGUUCUUUAAAGGGAUCCAUGAUUAGUUGUAA